GAACGACUCAAAGUUUAAACGCACGCUGUUCAGUUCGCACGAGUGUGUUCAAAGUGACCGUACCCGCCGUCCAUACUCCGCUCGCCGUUUGCCGCUAGCCGCUCGCCGCCCGCAGUACGAACGCGCGAAAGUGUUUUGUGUACAUCGUUCUCUACCGUAUAAACUAUGCAUCUAAGCUCAGUGGUGGUGGCGUUCGCAGCAGUGUGCGCGCUGGCGCCCGGCGCGGCCGCGUCGCCCGCCCCCACGCACCACGUGGCGCGCCGCUCCUUCUUCAAGUUGCAGUGCAAGGGCAUCUACGACGCCUCCAUCUUCGCCCGCCUCGACCGCAUCUGCGACGACUGCUACAACCUCUUCCGGGAGCCCUCUCUCUACAAUCUCUGCAGGAAAGACUGUUUCACGACAGAUUACUUCAAGGGCUGCGUUGAAGUACUGCAAGAAACUGACCAGCUCGAACUCUUCAAGGAGUACAUUAAAAAGUUACACGGGGCCGAUCCAAAGAUUUAGGCAGGAAUGUUUUCAGUCAAAAUACUUCGAUGGUUGUGUGGAGACUCUGCUACUCACGGACGAAAAGGAGGAAAUUGAACAACUGGUCGACUAUCUCGGCAAACGUUAAGCUACCCCCAGCUCGCCGGACACCUCGCGAUAUACAAACGACAUGUACCCGACCGAGUCGAAACACCACCGUCUCAGAGUAAUCUACGACCAUCGCAACGGUCACCGUGACUCCACCGCUUCGCCAACAAAAAGCAGAAACGACUGUCGACUUCCUCCGCACCGACGUCUGCUUUCUAUCCUCAACGUAUUCUAGUCUUUACCGCGACAUAAAAUUUAUUUAUGUUUGCAACUAAUUAUAAUGUUAUCAUAAUUUGUGUUAGAUAAUGUGUAUACAAUGUUAAGUAUAUUUUGUCUAUUUAAUAGUUUAGAUGGAAAAAAUGCAAAUUUUUGUAUUAGUCGAUGUUGUAAGCUUCUAUCGACCUACAGAUAUGUAAAGUACAUUAAACAUUUAUUUUUAUUUUAUACACCUCCCAACCUUUUUAAUUAUCACAUAAAUCUGGAGCAGACUAUCCCGGUAUGAUGCUGGCCAUCUCAUCCGAUUUGUCUUUGAAAAAAAAACAACAAUACUUUCCGACUGAAGUCAUUUUAGAUACACUGCUACGCAUUCCAAGCACAGUAUUUAAAAACGCUUUUUACUUUUAGAUUUUGGUUUCCUUGAUUAACAUUGCCUUUUAUUACUGACGGUAUUAUAUUAUGUAUUAUACAAUGAUUUAGUGUUUGUAAACAUGUAAAUAUAUAAAUCGAUCGAACAAAAUGUAAGCAG